AAGUUAUUCCCCAGCCGGAUGAGGAGAGACUGUGACAGCCCAUCUUCAAACCAACAACCCACUCUGCUUUUGGAACAGUAGUCGGCGUGCUGAGCCAGCAGCUAAGCAGUAGCGCGCGCGCUCUCUCUCUCUCUCUCUCUCUGUGUGAGACCUGGGACACGAGGCGAAGGGGAGAGCUCAUUCCACAACACGGCAGUCCUCCAUGGCUCUGUGCAACGGAGACAGCAAGGUCAGUGGAGCGGGGAGUACCCGGUCGAUUUCGUGUUAGGACCCUGGUUGCUGGUGUAGUCUCUCCCGGUUAAUUACGGCCUGUGUGUACCUCGGGGGUGAAAGUUGGAGAGCAUGUAACGUUACCACCACUUCUGCUGGGGUGCUAUGAGUACGCUGUUGUAUGCCUGUUGCAGUAUUACAUUAACAUGUUGCUCAUAGCUGCUAACCAGCCGGACAGGAUAUCUCACUGAUGUUUAGCGUAAAUAAAAUCGUUCACAUAUUUCGCCACUAAACGUGGUUGCCUUCUUAUGGUGGACCUCCCACCAAAAUCCUUUGCCUUCAAGCACCGCGUGGGUUUUAGCAUAGCUCCGCUAACUUAGCCAGCCUCUCACGAGACGUGCUGCUAACAGGCUAAUCGUGAUUACUAGCAGCUGUGUAUAACGUUACUGUCCGUGAGCUAGCAUGCUACAUUGGUAAUUUGUUAGCUAGCUUUAGCCGGGCAGCCAGGUUUUGCAGUGACAGUUCUACUAACCGAAAGUCUUGUAUUAUGAUUGCUUUGGCUUCCAUUUUUCAAAGUGACAUUGAGUUUGUGGCAAACUAAUUUAUUUAAUACGGCUGCUGUCACAGACUUUAAGCUAACGUAACGUUAACUGACGUCGGUUUGCUAACGUCGUUACUAAGCUAGUAUGAGCCAACUCGCUGUUACCGGUCUGACAACUGGAUCCACUACUGCUGUCUUACUAGCUGAUUUGCUGGAGAUCAGCAGCACAGAGCAGAAUGGGUCAUGUGAGGGGGCGGUGGCGAUCCUGGAUGCUGGGGCCCAGUAUGGCAAGGUGAUUGACAGACGGGUGCGAGAGCUGUGUGUACGCUCUGAAAUCCUCCCUUUAGAGACCCCGGCCUUUGCUCUCAGAGAACAGGGCUACAGGGCAAUCAUCAUUUCAGGAGGUCCAUCCUCUGUAUAUGCAGAAGAUGCCCCCUGGUUCGACCCUGCCAUAUUCGCUAUAGGAAAGCCAGUCCUUGGGAUUUGCUAUGGGAUGCAGUUGAUGAAUAAAGUGUUUGGUGGGACAGUACACAAAAAGAGUGUAAGGGAAGAUGGCGUGUUCAGUAUUGGAGUGGACAACACUUGUUCUCUCUUCAGAGGCCUUCAGAAGGAGGAACUGGUCCUGCUUACCCACGGAGACAGUGUGGAUAAAGUGGCUGAUGGCUUUAAGGUGGUUGCCCAGUCAGGGAACAUCAUUGCCGGGAUUGCUAAUGAACAGAAGAAGCUGUAUGGGACACAGUUUCACCCUGAAGUCGACUUGACGGAGAGAGGCAUGGCGAUUCUGCGUACCUUCCUGUUCGAGAUUGCAGGAUGUACAAGUAACUUUACUGUACAGAACCGCCAACAGACCUGCAUCGACAAGAUCAGAGAAAAAGUAGACAAGUCCAAAGUGCUGGUGCUGCUGAGUGGCGGGGUGGACUCAACAGUUUGCACAGCUCUCCUCAACAAAGCUCUCAACCAGGACCAGGUGAUAGCAGUUCACAUCGACAAUGGCUUCAUGAGGAAGGGAGAAAGUCAGAGUGUGGAGGAGGCCCUCACCAAGUUGGGCAUCAAACUCAAAGUGGUGAAUGCAGCACACACCUUCUACAAUGGUACGACAACCCUCCCCAUCUCUAAGGAGGACAUGACGCCACGAAAACGCAUCAGCAAGACUUUGAACAUGACUACCAACCCAGAAGAGAAAAGGAAAAUCAUUGGAGAUACAUUUGUCAAAGUGGCAAAUGAAGUGAUAGGAGAGAUGAAUCUGAAGCCGGAAGAGGUUUUCCUGGCCCAGGGUACCUUGCGGCCUGAUCUCAUCGAGAGUGCCUCUCAUCUUGCCAGCAACAAGGCAGAGGUCAUCAAAACACACCACAACGACACUGAGCUCAUCCGCAAACUCAGAGAUGAGGGAAAAGUAAUCGAACCGCUGAAAGAUUUCCAUAAAGAUGAAGUCAGAGCACUGGGGAAAGAGCUGGGCCUGCCAGAGGAGAUUGUCUCCCGACACCCUUUCCCAGGUCCUGGAUUGUCCAUCAGAGUGAUUUGUGCAGAGGAGCCCUACAUCUGUAAGGACUUUGCUGAAACAAACAACAUCCUCAAAAUCAUCACAGACUUCUCUGCAAGUGUCAGAAAGCCCCAUGCCUUGCUGCAGAGAGUCAAGUCGUGCAUAUCAGACGAGGAGGAAGAAAAGCUCAUGCAGAUCACCAGCCUUCAUUCACUCAAUGCCUUCCUGCUGCCCAUCAAAACUGUUGGUGUCCAGGGUGAUUGCCGGUCCUACAGUUAUGUGUGCGGUGUCACAAGUAAAGAAUCUCCACACUGGGAGUCGCUCAUGUUCCUGGCCAGACUCAUUCCUCGCAUGUGCCAUACCAUCAACAGAGUUGUGUAUGUGUUUGGGUCUCCUGUAAAAGAGCCGCCAACAGACAUUACCCCAACCUUCCUGACCACAGGCGUUCUGAGCACGCUCAGACAGGCUGACUUUGUAGCUUGCUCUAUCCUUAGAGAUUCUGGCUAUUCCGGUAAGGUCAGCCAGAUGCCGGUCAUCCUGACCCCCCUGCACUUUGACCGUGACCCACUGCAAAAGCAGCCAUCCUGCCGGCGCUCUGUGGUGGUCCGCACCUUCAUCACCAGCGAUUUCAUGACCGGCAUCCCUGCCAUGCCCGGCAACCAUAUCCCAGAGGAGGUGGUGCUAAAGAUGGUCAACGAGAUCAAGAAGAUCCCGGGCAUCUCCAGAGUCAUGUAUGAUCUGACCUCCAAACCACCUGGCACCACAGAGUGGGAAUAAAACACAACAUGACAUGUCAUACCAAUAGGACGCGCACUCACACACAGUGCACAAACACACUCAACAGAGAGGGCUGGUGAACUCUUCUUUUCUGUCCCCUCCCUCCCUCCCUCCCUCCCUCCCUCCAGUACCUCCACCCCUCUCUUCAACAUUCCCAUGGAAGGCAGACCGUACUGUGACGGGCACACAUGCAAAGGAACUACUACUCUGCUCUCCCCACCACUCCUCCCUGGUCUUAAUAUUUUUGGCGAUAGGGAUUGAUUAAUGUUGGUUAAUGAUAAUAUAUUGUCUUUUUUGAUCCAUGUACAACAGUGUAUCUCCUCUCUGCGAUGAAAAGGUAAAUUGCUGCUUCCCUUUUGUGAGGUCAACCAUAAAGGCAAGUGGCGAGAAGCUGUGUUAUAGGUGAGCUAAACAUGAAAACAAGCAAACAAAAGUGUCACGAAAAGAAAUACACCGGAAGGAGAGUUUGAACAUCUUCAGCGAUUGUUUUCUGCCUUUUUUGUCAGAUGUUUUUGUCUUACUGUUGUAGGUCAGACCUAAGACUAUCCUCUAUUUGUUCAUUUUCACUUUUUGCCUGUAUACUGUGCUAUGAAGAAGGUUGUCUGUUUAAAGUAAACAACCUAUGUGACCAGUCAAUGAUUUUUAAGCUUUUUGUUUUGCCAAAAGUUGAAUAUGCUGUGGUAAUCUAUAACUUUGUGGGCUCCAUUGUGGGAUCUUCUCCAAGCUACAUUUGUUGACGAGAGCUCUUGAUUUGUUGCUGUACCCAUCGUGGACAGCAGUCAACCCAAGAUUAGCUUCAUUAUGAUGAUUAGUGUGCUGCUGUGCAGGAGGCCAAUAUGAUGGGUAACUUUGUAUGUGCCUGUUUUAUUGUUUUUGUUUAUUUCUUUGGUGUGACUCGACCUGGACUCAGAUUUUUCCAGACAGGAGGCUAUAACACUGUUUCUCCUCAUGCAUAAAUAUGUAUGAUUUUUAUGAAGAAUAAACAUGGCAAGUGGACUAACUAAUAACAAAAUUAUAGGUACAGUAGAGUUUAUAACUAUUGUCUAAAUUGCUGUUGUUAUUUCAUCAUUAUUUGGCUGCUCUUUUGUUGUUCAGGGGGCAUGUUUUUGCACAUUGUCUUUUUUUUCCCACCUGUAAAGCCUCUGUGGCUUUAUCAGCAUAACAGAAUUAUACAUCCAGCGGAAACUUCACCUCAUUAGGUGUGUCGCUCUGUAGUGUCAAAGGUCAGGUUGAGAGUACUGUCUGUUGCCAUCUCUAAUGUGAGUUCAUUGUGUCUCCGAAAGGCGUUACUGCUUAAUUUUUCUGUUCUGUACUAUCAAAACAUUGAGCACAUCAUAAUCUCUAGUCUUAAAUCUUGUGAUUUAGACCUCAGUAAAUACAGUGCUCAGGUUUAACUGAGUUUUAAAAAGUGUAUUGUACCCCGAUAGAGACAUUUCACCUGGACGUGGUGGUUCUCAUGCCUCCAGAAUUUCUUUGUGCCUCUCAUCCUCUGUUAUAUCCUUUAAACUUUAGUGGCAACAUACUCCUAAUGCAAAAUUGGUGGUUUUCCUAACUUGUCUUAACUGCUAUUAGUCUUUCUUCCUCUGUUCUGCCUUUUAUACAGGGUAUUUUCUGUUACAAAAGUUCCCCCUAGAAAACAACAGCUUGAUAAUAAUGGAUAUAUACUUUUGUAGUUGGACUUUAAUUGCAAUAUCAAUAAGAUUAAGUUAUGCAAUUUAAUGUCCAAUGGUUUUUGUUUGUUUUUGUUUGAGCGUUGUAGAACAAAAAAAAACAAAACAAAAAAAACAUUCUCCUUAGUAACGUGCCUCAAACCAAGCCACUGCAUGCAGUUUCAACUAUGAUGACAUUUGUACAAUGGAAAACUGAGCUUUAAUAAAGAUCUCCAUGUUGAAACUUC